GAAGCAAUGCCGGCUCGGAAGCGCGCUUACGACACUGUGGAUGUUGAUCUUUUGCCGCGACUCCAUAAUACCUUCAAUGAAUGCUCUGAAGAUGGACAAUCUGAGGAAUCCGAUCGAAGCCCUUCCUCCAGUCAAGGAGAUAAGGACGAGUAUGUUCUGUUUAUCAGCUCUGUUUUUGGCUUACUUCUUUUUGUUCGUCAUCUUUUUCGUGCCGUUCCUUUUUACUCUAUUUACUCUUUUGAUUUAUUUCUUCUGCUUGGUUAUGGAGUUAUUUGGUGCCUAACUGCUUGGGAUUGAUUUGGGAUCUGCAUGCUAUGCUUCGUGGUAUUGUUCAUUGAGGUCUUGCUGCGACCGUAUUCGAAGACCAGCUGCGUAAGCUUCACGUGCGGAGGCAUUCGUUGAUUUUUGUCCUGCGCCGGAGUUUUCUUUACUUUCAAGUUUUCAGUUCCUUUUCCGAUUAAGGUUAGUGGAAUUGGGUGCUGGAUCUUGUGGGUGAAGUGGGUUCUCGAGGUCGUAUAUGCGAUCAAUCAGUUUUUACCUAUGCUACAAGCUGCUGGGUGGGUAAUGACGUUGGAGCUCACAUGGUUUUAGCUUCUCUACGAUGUUAAAGCUCACAUGAUCCGAGAUCAAGCUUUCACUCAACGUGGAAUUAAGCUUACCAUAACUGAAGCGCUCACGGAAAAAUCUUGCUGGUUCCCGCCAUUGAUUGUUGGAUCCAAUUUUACGCAAAUUCCAAGAAGUUAACGACUGGAAACCCGACAUUUCAUUAAGAACGAGUUUACCCAAAAUUUUUACAACUUGAGCGCUACUCUUACGCUAGGGCGAUGAACGAACUAUUUGGGUUGCGUUAUAGAAUAUACGCGUCUGAACAGAAAGUUGUUUAUCCGUUCUUUAGUUGCAUGGUGAACAGUAGAAUUCCCUCAAGGAUUAACACGAUCUUAGGUGUCUUGCGAUUAUUUCGAAUCCUAAUUCUUCUGUCUGGUUUUCUUUUCCAGAUUUAUCGCCGUGAAAUUGUCAGACAUUCGGAAAGAAGUCCAAUGUCCUAUCUGCUUAGGUUAUUUCAAAUGAUUUAACUGUCCGUGAUGAAAUGUGGAGGAGGAGACGAUUAAUUUUAAAUGACGUGUUGAAUCAAGUGCCACCGGACCCACCUGAUCUAAGAAUCUAUUCUGAUGCAGCAAAAUUGAUUUUUGUAUAUAAGGAAUCAUAAAAAAAACCAGAACAGUGAUGGAAUGUCUGCACCGCUUCUGCAGGGAAUGCAUAGACAAAUCAAUGCGCCUAGGUAAUAAGGAGUGCCCCGCUUGCCGCACUCAUUGUGCCAGUCGACGCUCUCUGAGAGAUGAUCCAAAUUAUGAUACCUUGAUUGCCGUGUUAUAUCCAGAUAUUGACAAAUAUGAGGAAGAGGAACUGGCUUUCCAAGAAGAAGAGAAAGGUCGUAAUAAGCAGAUCCAAACUUCCAUCGCUCAGACACUUCAACGACAAACUGAAGCGUUGGGUAGGAAACGUUCUAAACCUUCGAGGAGAUUAAGUUCUAGAGGAUCCAAAAGCUUCCAAAAUCAUAUUGAGAGUAUAUGCUUUGAUGAAAACGAGGACGAAAAUGAUUAUGAUGUCAGCAAAAAUUCAUCUUCUGCGGAUGAGCGAAUGGACAUUAGACCUAAAAGAUCCAGGAGAGGUGGUCCUGUUAGAUUUUCCCAGUCUUCUUCAGCUACUGGAGCAGAUGGAACAGAUGGUGGUAUCGAAAAUGAUUAUGAAGUGUACAAAGAAAAAGUUGGUGCAUCUAUAGGGCUUGUUGGUAGCUCGGAAAAACUUUCUUGGGGAAAAGGUGGAAUAAGAAGUCACACUAGAUAUGGGGGUGUAAAUGGGGGGGCUGGUAAAAAUCCCAGGAAUAACCGCAUCAUGAAGCUGUCGGAUUAUGUUCGAAACUCAGAAAAUGUCAGUGAGAAGGAGUUGGACAUCCACCUUGUGCUCAUUUCCAUCGAUGAAACUAGAGUACCCGCAUUGCAAAGACCAUAUAUUCGCUGCAGGCCUUCAGUGACGAUUGGACACCUAAGUCAAUACGUUGCUCUCAAAACCGGGCUUUCCGUUGAUGUUGUUGAAAUGUGCGUGGCAAAAGAGCUGCAAAUGAAACUCAAUCCUUCAGACUCCGGAACUCUAAAGAACCCAUGUAAAGAAAUUAUACAGAUACUAAACGAGCAAGAAACGCUAUCGACGGCCAAAGUCAAAGCACACAGGCUAGCUUGUGGUUAUCUGCUCUUGGCAUAUAAGAAAAAGGGCUAGAGUUCUGCUGAAGAGGAAUUUGUUUGGCUAAGAAGAUAAAAGCAUCAAGUCUCUAUGUGCAGACAUGCUAAGCGUACUAGCAAUUCAUCCUUGAAAUUAAGAUUUAGGUAAAAUUUCCAUGUAUAUAUAUCAACUCAAGAUAUCAAGGGCUUUAAGAAGCUCCAACUACAUGUCUUCUUUCCCCAUCUGAAUGUGUUAUAAUGUUAUCUAACCACCUGCAUUAGUUUCUUGCUACUGGUUUCCCCCUUUUGCCAUGUAUAUGUGCCAUUUUCAUCAACCAUGCAGGAUUUAACUGAUGCAAAACUGAUAAAAGCUUAGGUGGAUAUAUAUACCAUGGAAUAUGGAUGUUCAUGACUUGAGAAUGUAGAGCAAUUUUCAUAA